CCGUUGAUCCUAACGGUCUUUUAGGGUUACAAGACUGUCAAAGAUGCUGUACUUUUCAGUAUUGAUAUCAGCUCCUCCAUGCUCAAGGCUUCCUCGGAUUCGGAGUCGAAGCCGGGAGAGGAUGACAGUCCGGCAGCUGCGGCGCUGAAAUGCGCCUUUUCUUUGAUGCAACAACGAAUCAUAUCUAAUCCUUCUGAUAUGAUGGGCAUCCUUCUGUUUGGUACAGAGCAAUCAAAAUUUCAGACUCCUGACGAACGCAGCAAAGGCGGACUCGCGUACCCUCAUUGCUAUCUGUUGGCCGAUCUAGACGUCCCGUCCGCGGAAGAUGUUAAGAGACUAAAGUCCCUUGUUGAGGAUGAAGAAGAGUCCAAGUCGCUUCUGGUACCAUCGAAGGAGCCAGUAUCAAUGGCGAAUGUGCUCUUCUGUGCCAACCAAAUAUUCACCACCAAAGCACCCAAUUUCUCUUCCAGACGGCUUUUUAUUGUGACGGAUAACGAUGAUCCACAUACACAUGACAAAGCUCUCAAGUCAGCUGCGGCCGUCCGUGCAAAAGACCUCUAUGACCUGGGCGUUAUAAUUGAGCUGUUCCCGAUAUCGAAACCUGACCACGAUUUUGAUCGCAGUAAAUUUUAUGAUGACAUUGUAUAUCGCUCAUCUCCACUUGACCCGGAGGCACCUGCGCCCUUGGCACCGACUGUCAAACCUUCUCUGGCGAAAGAUGGCAUUUCUCUCCUCCAUUCGCUUCUGUCUUCGAUCAAUUCAAAAGCAGUCGCAAGGCGCGCUCUCUUUGCAAACUUGCCAUUGGAACUUGGGCCCGGCUUCAAAAUUUCCGUCAAAGGAUAUAUCAUAUUCAAGCGCCAAGUUCCGGCCAGGAGCUGUUACGUUUGGCUUCAGGGUGAAAAGGCCCAGAUUGCAAAGGGAGUAACAACUCAAAUGGCGGAUGACACAUCGCGCACCAUUGAAAAGGCAGAAAUUAAGAAGGCUUAUAAAUUCGGCGGUGACCAGGUCGCAUUUACACCCGAGGAGAUCAAGAAAGUUCGCAAUUUUGGAGACCCAGUCAUUCGCAUUAUCGGCUUUAAGCCAUUAUCAUCGGUGCCGUUCUGGGCUUCCGUCAAACAAUCAACUUUUAUUUAUCCGUCUGAAGAAGAUUUUGUUGGCUCGACUCGCGUCUUUGCUGCGCUUCAACAAAAGCUUCUGCGCGACGAAAAAGUUGCAAUUGUUUGGUUCAUUGCGCGAAAGAACGCUGCUCCCGUUAUUUCCGCUCUUGUUCCUGGGCCAGAGCAAUUGGGUGACAUUGGAGAGCAGGUCAUGCCGCCAGGCAUGUGGCUCGUGCCCUUGCCUUAUGCCGAUGAUGUCCGCAGCAACCCAGAUACGACUCUCAUACAGGCUCCAGAUUCGCUCGUAGAUAUGAUGCGCACAGUGAUCCAACAGCUUCAGCUUCCCAAGGCUCGAUAUGAUCCGCAAAAGUAUCCGAAUCCAGCACUGCAAUGGCACUAUCGCAUUCUACAAGUACUUGCCCUAGACGAAGAUUUGCCAGAGAAACCUGAAGAUAAAACCAUACCCAAGUAUCGACAGAUCGACAAGCGUGCAGGCGGCUAUGUCAUUGAUUGGGGACAUGAGCUAGAGGAUCAGUUCCGUGCCUGGCAAAAGGAGAACGGCCCUCGCACCUCAAGCGCGAAACGAUCAGCUCCGGAUGAAAGUGCUCCUCCAAAGAAAAGAACAAAACCAUCCGAUGGUGUGGAGUCGGGUGACGGUCCUAAUUCCAUAAAUGAUAAUGACAUCAAGCAGCAUUAUAGUAAAAACUCCCUUAAUAAGCUCACGGUCCCAAUUCUCAAAAGUUGGAUGGAAAACAAAGGACUUAGCACAAGCGGGAAAAAGUCGGAUCUGGUUGAGAGAGUUGAAGAAUAUUUCGAGAAUAAGUGAUAAUUAUUUAUGUUUGAUAUUCCCCAUUCGGCGUUUCAAGGGUCGCAUCAAAAUGCUCUUUCAUCGUCGGAUUAUUGAGGCGUCACUAGAUAAAACCUCUUAUUGUCAUUCCGGAUUAUCGACAUUUAUGUGGCACUACCACAUGGCGAUGAUAUCGAAUUUGAAACUCAAAUCUGCUGGCUGACGCUGUUUUACACGCUCAUAAUUUCGCUACCGGAGCUUUCGUACCAAAAGAAUGUGAUGAUGACGAUGACGAUCCAGAUCCAGAAACAGAAGCCACUUCAACCAUCGUCUUGCCUAUAUUCUCGCCGGCAAACAAACCCACUAGUCCUGCCGGAGCAGCUUCCAGUCCGCCUUUUAUGACAUGCUCGCGUCGCUUGAUUUUGCCUUG